UUACUUCCUCGACAGGUCGAAUCGGCACCAUAUUCUCACCCGUCUGUCGAAGAAGCCCCGAGGACUGACCUCCGAAAGGCUAGAGCAAUCUCGAGUCAUUGGUAUCGAUCCAGGUAUCCGAUCGAUGGUUACCACGGUCGAUACCAAUGACGACCUCAACACAAGGAGCUCCGACAGCAGCAUACCUUUUCCGUAAACAACGGAUAUUACCAGGUCUCCUGCAUGUUCCGCGUUGGGCUGCGCAAAUGGAGAAGAAGAAGAGAGAAAUGUCGCAGAUUCAGCCUACAUACAAUGAAUUGGCCGCCUCCCCCCCUUCCGUCAUGUCGGUGCAGGCGUUCCAGGCGUAUAUACACGCAUUGAUCCGUGUACGUACGAGGCUUUUCGACUUCAACGCACACUAUAAUUAUUGUGAGCUUCGAGCUGUUUUGAAAAGAGCCCGAAAGCGAAAGAUGGAUGUCAUCACGGAAAGGCUCACGCGGAACUUUCCUACGCUGGAUAUGCCGAUGCAAUGGUCCAUAAACCCGACAGGUCAGAACGAAAACGAGAGCGGAGGGCAAUCCGGAGGCAACCGGGACUGGAAGCUGACCACCGCCUUGUCAUCAUUGCCUUUGGUGACGCUGAUCUCAAGCCUUCGGUGAAAGCUUUGGCUCCAGUUCCUGUGAAGCGGGUCAGACAGGAACUCGUCAAAAAGGCACUCGUAUUGUGCGUGGACGAGUACAAAACCAGCAAGGUUUGCAGCCACUGC